CUCCCGCAGCCUGGUUUCCUCGUAUUGAUGGCUCAUGAGGAAGAGGACUGGGAUCGCCUGCCGCACGCUGGGGGGGAGAAAGCUUUCUGAUCCGCUAAGAUGCAAAGAUGGAAAAGACGCAAAGUGGAGAGCUAAUGAUUUUAAACACGAAUUGUACCAGCAGGUGCCCGUGGUGCUCGUGGGCAACAAGGUGGACCUGGAGGACGAGCGGGAAGUGUCCCCCAGCGAGGGCCAGGCGCUCGCCGAGGACUGGGGCUGCCCGUUCAUGGAGACGUCGGCCAAGAGCAAGACCAUGGUGGACGAGCUGUUCGCCGAGAUUGUCAGGCAGAUGGACUUCUGCCCCCUGCCGGACCGGAGGGAGGCGUGCUGCCCCGCCUGCAGUGUGCAGUAGCGGGGACGGAUGGGAGGAGAGCAGCAGUUAGGAUGAAGUCUUCGUUAGCUAGACUGAAGAUGGAGGGGGGGGGGGGUUCAAAAGCAAACAUCUGCUCUUGCUUUCACUUAUUUUGAAGUUCAGGCCUUUGAGUUGGAAACGUAGGAAAUCAUGUAGCAGAAAUAGACUAAUUCAAUUUCAACUUUUCAUUCCUGCUCAUAACACAGGGCGGAUUUCCCCACUUGACCUCCCACGUCCAUCACCGUCCUCCCUGAUUUUACAAGGUUGAAUUUUCUGGGUUUCCCAAAAGCAGCACGGUGCCAAAACCAUCUUAAGAGCCAUUGAUAAAGCGGAUCGCAGCGCUCAAAGCUUUUUGGGAAACCAGCCAUAGGUCUGAGCAGGUUUUAUCGGCAACUGUUUUUUCGUCUGCUUGUGUUUUUCUUUAUUGCACUUUGGAGACUUGACGGUGCAAGAACAAUCACAGAGUAUCUGAGGGGAUGUCACCACUGUGAGGGAGUCGUGCAGCGGGCCCGCCUGAUGACGAAUGAAUGAACAGAUGAACGAAUGUCUAAAAAAAA